AUGGAAGCCGCAGGAAUGGAGGAAGGUAAUAUUGGUGACAGACAUGGCCCGAGAGUGCCGAAGAUUCGGGCAUCUAAAGGACAAGUUGGAAAGGGCAGUUCUAGGAGCUCUGGAGGGGAAGGGAAAGAAGUCGCGGAUUCUGAAGAUGCUGUGGAAGGGCGAUCGGUGGGAGUGGAUGCGGUUCUGUGCCAAUUGGUGAAGCAGCAGGAGGGGGAGAUGGUGAUGGAGGAGAGGGGGUUGAGGAAGGGGGGAGAGGAGGGGGAGGGGGAGGGGGAGGAGGAGGAGGAGGAGGAGGAGGAGGAGGAGGAGGAGGAGGAGGGGUUUGCGUAG